UUGUCCCGCGCACUCACCCUGUAGAAGAGGCUACUCGUCUCAUUCGCAGAACCGGAGGAGCUGGUGGCUAUAUUAUUCUGCAGUAGCUGUCUCCGGUGAGCGAAUGAAGGAAGAGGAUUGGAACAAACAGGCAGCAUAGUAGCUAAAACUGCUGUGGACUCUUUCUCACCAAAAGAGGAACCAGACGGCAGGCACGCACGGACGCACAGGUCUAUCCUAACCGGACGAACCGACUAGUAAAUGGGCAUAAUGUUUAAUCUAGCCACCGGCAGCAGAACGUGCAUAUACAGCAUCACCUUUCUGUCCGCGGUCGUGAUUUCCUCCUGCCACGCGCUCCGCCGCUGUGGGGACGUGCAGUGCGUUGAGGGCCAGCAGUGCUGUCCCCCUACCGUUACCGGCAACGGUAGCGCGAGUUCCAUGGUGCGCUGCUGCAAGCUCCCACUGCAUAUAUUCUUCGACAACGUGGGCUGGGUGACGCGCAAACUAUCGGGCAUCCUGAUCCUGCUGCUCCUUUUCGCAAUGGGCUACUUCAUCCAGCGGAUUAUCUGCCCGCGCCCGCGCCGACACCCCCACCCAGAACACCCCGAGGAGCCCUCUCUCUUCCACGGACACGCCACCGCGUCCCAGGACUCCUUACUGGACCGGUACCCCGAAUACAGUUUUGGGGACUUCACCUCGCCAGUGCUGCUACCCGCAUAUGAUGAGGUGAAGUACCUGCCGACCUACGAAGAGACCAUGCAGGAGGUGCGCAGAGACCAGUCGGAUGAUAAUUUACUGGUCCAUUCGGAGGAGCCUGCUGCGGACCGAGGGACGCGGGGAGGACCGAUACCCAGAGAAGAGGGACAGGACACUUCAGGACAGAACACACGCGCGUCACGGAAUUCUGUCUGACUAAAUGUGAUGGACUAUCCAAUUUAAGAAUUGUUAUUUUAUUAUGAACUAAAGGAGAGACGUACAGGCUAUAUUAUAACAAGUGCAAUUACAAUCUGUUGCAAUGAAUGUUAAAAAUAAUAUGAACUGGCAAUUUGGUCAAUGACGUGAGUUUUAUAUGAUUGGGUGGAUGAUUCCCCUUUUGUAUGCAAAUUAAGACUUGGUAUGAGAAACGGAGACAAUAAAAGAGAUAUGGCUGCUAUAAUUGGCGCUCUUUUGUGUAUUGACAGGCAGCUAAUUUGGCCCCGGUACAAUCACAUUAAGUUUUGCUGAGCGGUUCAAUUUCCAAAGGCACCGCGAGACAGUUGGCUUUCUCCUCCAUAUUUUUCUUUUAUGAGAUGAACAGGCUGAGAAUGAGUUUGAGUCUACUGGGCCUGAAAGACGUCUAUUCAUUCGUAUAUGUAUAUCCUAGAAAUCAUGUCAUAUAAUAGUAUUUGUCAUUUUUCACACAUGUACAACUGUGUAUUAAUAUGCAUGCAAG